GAGUGCUUUGUUUAUUACGCGAAAAAUUGUUUUUAUUGUUUUAUUGUAUCCUUGUUACUAUUGAUUGAUGAAACGUUCAUGUUUUAAUUUCAUAUUAGACUGUUUGUUUUUAAUUUGUGAAACAGUGGCUAAACUCUAAUUUCAUCAUGGAUGUCGCCGACACCUAUGCUACACAAAGCCAAGUGAAAGACGAAGUCGGAGUUCGUUGCCAAAAGCUCUUCCAGGACUUUUUAGAAGAGUUCAAAGAAGACAAUGAAAUAAAAUACGAAAAACACGCUAAAGAACUCCUUAAGCCUGAAUUGAGCACACUAGAAGUCAGCUUUGAUGAUGUUGAGAAAUAUAACCAAAAUCUUGCAACUACUUUAAUUGAGGAGUAUUAUCGAAUAUACCCUUUUAUAAACCAGGCUAUUCUAAACUAUGUAUUAAGCCUUGCCGAUAGUGGUAUGAAAAAAGACUUACAAGGCAAGGAGUGCUAUAUUUCCUUUGUGGAUGUGCCAACGAGACACAAAGUGCGAGAGCUGACUACAGCAAAAAUUGGAACAUUGAUCAGAAUCUCAGGACAGAUCGUGAGAACGCAUCCAGUGCAUCCGGAGCUGGUAUCUGGAACUUUUGUGUGUUUGGAUUGCCAGACUGUGAUUAAAAAUGUGGAGCAACAGUUUAAGUACACCAUCCCCACCAUCUGCCGCAACCCCGUCUGUGCCAACCGGCGCAGGUUUAUGCUGGAUGCAGACAAGUCGGUGUUUGUGGACUUUCAAAAGAUCCGCAUCCAGGAGACGCAAGCUGAGCUGCCGAGAGGCUGCAUCCCAAGGUCUUUGGAGGUUAUAUUGAGAGCAGAGGCUGUCGAAUCAGUUCAGGCUGGAGACCGCUAUGACUUCACUGGCACCCUGAUAGUGGUGCCAGACGUUGGCUCCCUGUCCAUGCCCGGGGCAAAGGCUGAGCUUACGACACGAACGAGGCAGAACAAUGACGGCCAGAUGGAGGGCAUCAAGGGGCUGAAGGCUUUGGGAGUUAGAGAGUUGCAUUACAAAACGGCAUUUCUGGCGUGCAGCGUGCAAGCGAUCUCGCGCCGCUUCGGCACCGCCGAGCUCGCCGCCGACGACAUGACCUCCGAGGAUAUGAGGAAGCAGAUGACGGACAAGGAGUGGGAUAAGGUAUACGAGAUGUCUAGGGAUCGCAAUUUGUACAACAACCUAAUAGCAAGCCUGUUCCCAAGUAUCCAUGGCAACAAUGAAGUCAAGCGCGGCAUCCUUUUGAUGCUGUUUGGAGGGGUCGCAAAGACCACCAUUGAAGGCACAACUCUCCGCGGCGACAUCAACGUGUGCAUCGUGGGCGACCCGAGCACGGCCAAGUCCCAAGUCCUGAAGCAAGUCAGUGAGAUCACACCGCGAGCCGUGUACACCAGCGGCAAAGCCUCGUCUGCGGCCGGUCUUACUGCAGCUGUUGUCAAGGACGAAGAAUCUUUCGACUUCGUAAUAGAAGCCGGCGCGCUGAUGUUAGCGGACAAUGGCGUGUGCUGCAUCGACGAGUUCGACAAGAUGGACCUCGCUGACCAAGUUGCCAUCCACGAGGCUAUGGAACAGCAGACCAUCUCGAUUGCCAAGGCCGGCGUGCGCGCCACGCUGAACGCGCGCACGUCCAUCCUGGCGGCCGCCAACCCGCUCGGCGGCCGCUACGACCGCGCCAAGUCGCUGCAGCAGAACGUGCAGCUCUCCGCGCCCAUCAUGUCGCGCUUCGACCUCUUCUUCAUACUCAUCGACGAGACCAGCGAGAUGGUCGACUACGCUAUUGCGAGGAAAAUUGUGGAUCUGCAUUGUAAUAAAGAAGAAAAAUUAGACUGUGUGUACUCGAGAGAGGACCUGCUGAGAUAUAUUGCGUUCGCGAGGAGCUUCAAGCCUAUUAUUACUGAGGAAGCCGGCAAACUGCUGGUGGAGUACUACACGACGCUGCGGCAGCGCGACGGCGGCGCGGGCGGCGGCGGCGCGUGGCGCAUCACGGCGCGCCAGCUCGAGUCCAUGAUCCGCCUGGCCGAGGCGCUCGCCAAGAUGCACUGCAGCGGGCACGUGCAGCCCCGCCACGUGCAGGAAGCACACAGGUUAUAUCAUUACAUCACGGCGCGCCAGCUCGAGUCCAUGAUCCGCCUGGCCGAGGCGCUCGCCAAGAUGCACUGCAGCGGGCACGUGCAGCCCCGCCACGUGCAGGAAGCACACAGGUUAUAUCAUUACAUCACGGCGCGCCAGCUCGAGUCCAUGAUCCGCCUGGCCGAGGCGCUCGCCAAGAUGCACUGCAGCGGGCACGUGCAGCCCCGCCACGUGCAGGAAGCACACAGGUUAUAUCAUUACAUCACGGCGCGCCAGCUCGAGUCCAUGAUCCGCCUGGCCGAGGCGCUCGCCAAGAUGCACUGCAGCGGGCACGUGCAGCCCCGCCACGUGCAGGAAGCACACAGGUUAUAUCAUUACAUCACGGCGCGCCAGCUCGAGUCCAUGAUCCGCCUGGCCGAGGCGCUCGCCAAGAUGCACUGCAGCGGGCACGUGCAGCCCCGCCACGUGCAGGAAGCACACAGGUUAUAUCAUUACAUCACGGCGCGCCAGCUCGAGUCCAUGAUCCGCCUGGCCGAGGCGCUCGCCAAGAUGCACUGCAGCGGGCACGUGCAGCCCCGCCACGUGCAGGAAGCACACAGGUUAUAUCAUUACAUCACGGCGCGCCAGCUCGAGUCCAUGAUCCGCCUGGCCGAGGCGCUCGCCAAGAUGCACUGCAGCGGGCACGUGCAGCCCCGCCACGUGCAGGAAGCACACAGGUUAUAUCAUUACAUCACGGCGCGCCAGCUCGAGUCCAUGAUCCGCCUGGCCGAGGCGCUCGCCAAGAUGCACUGCAGCGGGCACGUGCAGCCCCGCCACGUGCAGGAAGCACACAGGUUAUAUCAUUACAUCACGGCGCGCCAGCUCGAGUCCAUGAUCCGCCUGGCCGAGGCGCUCGCCAAGAUGCACUGCAGCGGGCACGUGCAGCCCCGCCACGUGCAGGAAGCACACAGAUUGCUGAAUAAAUCCAUCAUCCGAGUAGAACAGCCCGACAUACACUUGGACGAGGAUGAGCCCCAGUACGAGCCCAGCAUGGACGUCGACCAGGACGUGCCUAACGGUACAAACGGUACAACAGAGACGCCGGUCAACGGAGACUCGGGCAAGAAGAAGCUGACUCUCUCCUUCGAGGAGUACAAGACCCUCAGCGACAUGCUGGUCGUGUUCAUGAGGAAGGAAGAGGCAGAAGCGGAAACCAGAGGCGAAGAGAGCUCAGGCAUGAAGAAGAGCGCCGUAGUCAGCUGGUACCUGGAGCAGCUGGUGUCACAGGGAGCCAUAGAAGAUGAGGACGAGCUUCUAGAACGGAAGACCCUGGUCGAGAAGGUCAUCGACCGGCUUAUGUACCAUGACCAAGUGAUAAUCCCUCUAUCCACCACCGGCCUCAAGAGUACACAGAAGUCCACCACCACAGAGCAAGAAGUGGAGGACGACCCGCUGCUCGUCGUGCAUCCCAACUAUGUCGUCGAUACGUGAUGUUACACAACGUAUCAUAAACAGUAGAUAUCAGUAACAUUGCGUUCAAUGUACCUCCUGGCCAUAGAUAUCAUAAGCAACAGAUAUACAUAAUCACAGACAACCAAGGUGUAACGUCUUGUUGACCGUCGGCAACAUGGUACAUGUUGUCUAAGAACGACUCAAAAACGCGAUAGAAUUUGGCCAGAGAAUAUUUUAUACAAAUUAAAUUAAAUAUUCGUUUAUUUCAGCCCAUUCAUAAAAUUGUUAGUUACAAUGCCUAAGUCUGAAAUUAUUAAUAAUUAAAAUUAAAAUAAAUAAUACAAAAUAAUAUUGUCCAAAAUAAUCAAAUUCAUAAUUCAAAAUAGAAUUUACAUAAAUUGUACACAAGCCCGAGCAGUAUUUUAUGAACAAAAAAAAUUAAGAUUCACAAGGCCACCUUAGGUUUUGUCAAAAUAAAUAUGAAUGAGAUUUUAUACUAUAAAGUAUGUCAUUAUAAUAUCAAUCAAUUUUUCGUGUUACGGCUCCAUCAAGGUGUUGAUGAUUCUGCCAAUGUCGAGGUUGGAUAAGACACGGCUAGUAUAUGAAUCUUAUCAUAUUACGGUCAUAGAUAGUGUUCGGUUCAUUAUAAUAUUAAAUCUCUAAGAAUGAACUUUUGACACUUGAGUAUUGACGUAAUUAGUGAUGGGGCUAAGACGUAUCGUGUGUCAAAUUUAGCGAUUAAUUAUAUAAAAAAAAAUCGUGUAUUUUGAGUAACAUAAUGACUCAUACAUAUUAAUUUGGAACACUAGACUUAAACACUAUUCUACAAAUACUUAUAUUCUACAAAUAAUUAUGAAUUGUCCGAAUCGAUUUUACUACAAUUAAUUAAUUAAUUUAUUAAUUUUACUUACUUACAACAGAUUUUUUUCUUGUUAUAUGCCUAUCUAAUCUUCUCAAAUUAAUAAUUGAUAUCUACUAAUUAUGUAUGACAUUAUAAUAUUUCCAUAAUUAAUACAAUAUAUUUAUAUUACAUGUUUUAUUGUAUUAAAUGUUACAUGAAUCGGAACAGCAGACAUGGUCACAACACUAAAUUAAAAAAAAAAGACGUAGACCGUAAUUCUUUGCAUCUAAAUUGUUAUCGUAAAAUAUUCAAUAACUAAGAUAUGAAGAAAUGUAACAUUCAUUAUGUUUAUGAAAAGUGAAAUAUUGUGUUUACGUACAUGACAAGGUGUAAUAUCGUUAUGGGAUUUUGUUUAUAAUUUCAAAGUGUCUUGAAGAUUUUAGACUAUAAUGUCAUUAUGCAACACGCAUCGUCAAAAUGAGAUAUAAUUUUGAAACACUGUCUUAAAAACGGAUAUAGUUUACGAGUAUUUCAUAAAUAUAUCUGUCUGAUUAUGAUAUCUGCGGUAUUGCUACUUCGCGAUAAAAAGGGACCGAUUGAUGUUUUAAAUUUACAACCCUUUUUGGAUUAGAAGAGCAACGCGCAACGUAGGAUAAGCCCGCCUUUUUUAAUAAAAUAAUUUUUACCUUA